GUGGCGCCAAUAUAAGUACGCGCCCCCGCUGCCCCCACCUAUGCAUAUUCUUCGGAUAAUUCGCGCUAUAUUUUUUUUUUCCUCACUUCCUUCUUCCGACAGAGAAGAAGAAGAAGAAACAGUCAACACCUCUGUUGUUUGUGCUAUAGGGCUGCGAAGGAAAAUCGAGAUCCGCCCGCAGAGUUUUCAAGAACAGACGGAAUUCUAAGGAUUCCUUGAACCACCGAUUGCGAUCGCCGUUUCUUUUCCCGCGCAGCGGUUCCUUUUCCUUGUCUGAUUCUCGAAACUUCGUCGUCUUUCUGUCGAGCAUUUCGCGAGCGGCCUAUUGCUGGUGGUUCUGGUGGGUUUUUGGUUCGGUCGAGCUCUCGAGCGGUUAAGAUCAGGUGACUUUUCGGUGAUCUUUGUAUCCAGGCGGAAUCGGGAGGGAUCGUUUUAGCUUCUGGCUCCUUAGGAUAACUUCGUUGGCCAAAAUGAUGGUGUGAUCAUCGUUUGGUUACUGAUCAGGUCUCACUAUGUAAUAGAUGAUGCUCGUUGAUUGGGUGGCUGAAAGGAUGGGGGAUUGCUGGGAAGUAAUGCGACAAUGUCAUAUACAUUUCUCCUAUGCACUUUUGUUUGUACAUAGUUGUACAACUUUAUAGUGCUUGAGACCAAGGCUUGAGAGCCGCGACUCUCCAACAUAUAUAUAAAAUUCAGGGCCAUGAUUAUGAUUAUUCAUACUUCUGGUGGAGAAUUUUCAUAUAUAGCUACUUGACGUAGUUUGGUGCUAACUUUCUGAAGGGCCAAUUUGUCAUAAUGAAUGGGGUUGUGGAGUGCAGUGUUUGUCACUCCAAAUUGGGCGUUCCCCCAACUACUAGGACCAUUUCAAGGGCAUAUGACAAUCAUAGAAGCAAAUUAUCAUCAAAAUCUCGAACCCUCAAUGUUCUGUUGGUUGUGGGCGACUGUAUCUUGGUUGGCCUACAGCCUGUUUUAGUCUUUAUGUCCAAGGUCGAUGGGCGCUUCAAGUUUAGUCCUAUAAGUGUGAACUUCUUGACGGAAGUUACCAAAGUUCUUUUUGCCAUUAUUAUGCUCUUAAUCCAGGCUAGGCACCAGAAAGUGGGAGAGACGCCUCUGCUUUCAAUCUCUACCUUUGUCCAAGCAGCUCGUAACAAUGUGCUCUUUGCUGUACCAGCCCUUCUCUAUGCCAUCAAUAACUAUCUAAAAUUCAUAAUGCAGCUGUAUUUUAACCCUGCCACUGUGAAGAUGCUCAGCAAUCUCAAGGUUUUGGUCAUUGCCGUCCUUCUGAAAAUUAUAAUGAAGCGGAGGUUCUCUGUGAUUCAGUGGGAGGCUCUUGCUCUCUUGCUUAUUGGGAUCUCUGUCAACCAGCUUCGGUCGCUUCCAGAGGGUACCACUGCAUUGGGACUACCAGUUGCUACUGGUGCAUAUUUAUGCACAGCGAUUUUUGUUACAGUUCCAUCUUUGGCUUCUGUCUACAAUGAAUAUGCAAUGAAGAGCCAAUUUGAUACAAGUAUCUACCUCCAGAAUUUAUUUUUAUAUGGAUAUGGUGCAAUUUUCAAUUUCCUUGGUAUUCUUGGAACAGCCAUACUCAAAGGACCAGAUAGCUUCAAUAUUCUACAAGGUCACUCUCGGGCUACCAUGUUCUUAAUCUGCAACAAUGCCGCACAAGGCAUUUUGUCUUCAUUCUUUUUUAAAUAUGCAGACACCAUUCUGAAGAAGUAUUCAUCAACUGUUGCUACUAUCUUUACUGGCAUAGCAUCUGCUGCAUUAUUUGGUCAUACUUUGACCAUUAACUUUAUAUUGGGAAUCUCUAUUGUCUUCAUAUCAAUGCAUCAGUUCUUUUCACCACUUUCUAAGGUCAAGGAAGAGCAAAAUGGAUCUGUCGAGAUAAUGGAGGUUCAGCACAAUCAUAGGUCAAAGGAUGCAUCUUUCAUAGAAAUGGCUGCUGGGGCCAAUGAAGAAACCACCCAUCGCUUUGGAUCUGAUGAGAGACAACCACUUCUUCCCACCUGAUUCUUAUGUGCUAGUGAGGAUCUUUCGGCUGGACAGACUCAGCAUUUUAGAGUUAUACAGAUUGGUGGUACAGUAUACUGUGCUGAUUUUUCCUUCUCCCAUGGCGGUUCAAAAACUUGUCCCUUUGGUCAUAAUACCAUGACAAAAAAAGGCUGAAAAUAUCUCCUAAUUUGAGAUGAGACGGGAUCAUGGACAGGUGAUCUGGAUACGUUAGCUCUAUCUGUUCUAGAUCAUCAAAACAUUUCCUCCUCCUUAACUACAGGGUUCAUACGUGGUGUAUAGCCAAUAAGCUUUUCCCUUUUUGUCAAAUGUGAUACUACGAGUUUACUGAUGUAAACAUAAUUCUGAGCGAUCUUCUAAAAUGAAUGUUUCUCUGUUUCUGUC